AUGCCCGUCCCCGAAUCCGAGUACCUGAGUCCGGUGUGGAAGGAUGGGAUCUUCAAUGAUAGAGUCGCCUUUGUCACUGGCGGCGCUGGAAGUAUUUGCAGCGCCCAAACCCGGGCUCUCGUCCGUCUCGGAGCAAACGCUUGUAUCAUCGGCCGCAACGUCGAAAAGACAGAGGCCAUGGCCAAGGACCUGGCUACUGCCAGGCCCGGCGCCAAGGUCAUUGGCAUUGGUGCUUGUGAUGUGAGAAAUCCCCAGAGCCUGCAAGAUGCCGCAGACAGAUGUGCCAAGGAGCUCGGUGGCAUCGACUUUGUCAUUGCGGGUGCCGCUGGUAAUUUCGUUGCACCUCUGUCCGGCAUGAGCCCCAACGCCUUCAAGGCCGUUAUUGAUAUUGACGUCCUGGGCACUUUCAACACCAUCAAGGCCACCAUCCCUUAUCUGGUUGAGUCGGCAAAGAAGAACCCUACACCUAGCAACAACGGCCAGACAGGCGGCCGCAUCAUCUUCGUCUCGGCAACCUUCCACUGGACGGGUAUGCCGCUACAGGCCCAUGUGUCAGCUGCCAAGGCCGCCGUCGACGCUCUCAUGGCCUCGGUGACCUUGGAGUACGGCCCCUUUGGAGUCACGAGCAAUGUCAUUGCCCCGGGCCCGAUCAAGGAUACGGAGGGUAUGCAGCGGUUGGCCAGCAGCAAGCAGGACCAGUCCAAGGCCGACGCUCUCGUGCCCCAGGGUCGCUGGGGCGUUAUCCGAGACAUUGCCGAUGCCACCGUUUAUCUGUUUAGCGACGCCGGCAACUUCGUCAACGGCCAGGCGAUCCCUGUUGACGGCGGCGCCUGGAGACGGGGAGGCGCGCUGGCAGUGGGAACUGACGAAGACAUGCAAUACCCAGACUUCCUCCUGAAGGGGCAGUUCUCGAAGAACGUCAAGAGCGGACGCAAGGAUUCCAAGCUGUAG